AUGAUCUCAAAAAAUACAUAAGAAUUAUUUAUAAAUCUACUUCUAUAAAUUAAUGAUGAAACUUAAAAAAUUAACAAUUUUCGUUAUUAAUUAGCAUAAAAUCCGUAUUGUAUUCCUUAAACAUUAUUUAAAAGGCUUGAUAGACUAGAAUAAAAUUACAUUUCAAUAGCCAAUAUAUAAGAGUUCAUGACAAAUAAUGGUUUAUUUUAUAUAUAAGAUUAAAUUAAAUAAUAUAUGUAUCUUUAUGAUUAAAAUAAUGAUCUUUUUUGGUCAUACUAAGAUUUUAAAGAAGCUAUAAUGCCUUCUGAGAAUCCUUAAUUAACACAAAUAGUUGAAAACAGAAAAGUUAUUGAUAUUUAAAAAUACUAAAUGUUACCUUCUGAUGUCGAACUUGCCCUUUCAAGACUAUUUGAAGUAGAAAUAUUAGCUUUAUAGAGACUUAAUUAACAAAAAAAAAUUCUUUUAGAGAACUUUGAAUUAAAAGAUAACCCAGAAAUACUAUUUUAUGUAAUAGAUACAUUAAAUUGUGGUUGUAUAAAUGUCGAAAAUUUAAAAAAAUAUUUAUAAAAUAAAGGGAUUAUAUAUAAUAUAAAUGAAAGAGAUAUAAUAAAUUAUAUAAAUUUAUAUUAAAAAAAGCUUGUAAAAACCUAAUAAAUAUAAAAGUAGGAUUUUCUGUAAUUUUUAUAUUUUUUUGAAAAAAACAAUGAAAAAAAAUAAAAAACACUAUUUGAAAAAAAUGCCUUUUUAUUAGAAAAAAAAAAUAAGGAAAAUUUACUUACUUAUACUUUCUAAUUAUAAAAUCAUUCAGAAUAAACUAAAGCUAUUUUUUUUAAUUAAAGAACGUUAAUUUCUAUAUAAAAUCAUUAAAAAAGGAAUCUAAAAUAAACUAAAAAUUUAAAUAAAAAAUCAAAUAUAAUAAUUGAAGAAUCUUAAAGAAAAUUUUCUUAAAUUAUUUUACAAAUUAUAAAUCUAGAAAAAGAACAUGAAUAUAUCAAAAAAAAAUUACUAAAUUUUCCUUAAUUUAAUACUCUAAAAGCAUUUAGAUUAUUCGAUAUAGAUGGAAAAGGUAAAAUAAGUGUAAAUGAAAUUAAGAUUUUUUUCGAAAAAAUCGAAUUAUAUCCUCAAAAACACGAUUUGUAUUUAUUUAUUAGAAGAUUCGAUAAAGAUAAUGACGGCUUUUUGACUUUUGGGGAAUUUAAUGAUAUUUUUUUCGGUUUAAAUACUCCUUUAGUGGAAGAUAUAAGAUAUGAUUUAUAAUUUUUAUAAUAAGAUAUAUUCUGUUAAUAGAGUAGACAAAUUUUUAUUUAAUUUUUAUGCACUAUUAUUGAAAAUGAAUGUGCUAUAGAAGGACUGAAACAGAUUUUUUUUAAAAAAAAUAAAUUAAAGGAUAUUUUUUAUUUAAUUGAUUUUGAAAAAAAAGGUUUUUUAAAUUAAUUUGAUAUUUAAAAUUUUAUAGAAAAAGAAGGAAUAUAAAUACCUGAAAAUGAUUUUCAGUAUUUUUUUAGAAGAUUUUUUUAAAGUAAUUAUACACAAAGAGUAUCUUUAGCGUAAUUUUUAAGAGAAUUUACACCAAAAUCUCCUAAAUAAUAUUGA